AUGGAUCUGAAGAAGAAAGAAAGAAAACCCUCGCCGCCGUUCUUCCGCCGGAGAAAGCCCUCGCCGUCUAUAGCCAGGCCGCCCUUCGUCUUCUGCGGCGCCGUCCACGCCGCCCGCCCGUCCGCCGUCCUCCCCCUCCCCUGGCCCGACCCCGCCGAAGACGCCGCCGCCGCCGGCCUCCAGGUGGCGCUCCCCGAGGCGGCGUUCGCCAAGAUCAGUGUCUCGGUGGGGGAUCUGGCGGCGCUGCCGCCUGUGCUCGACGCCGAUGCCCUGCGGCGGGCGGAGCGGCUCGCGCUCCGGGUAGGGGAGAGCCGCUUCAAUUUUAUGCAGUCGUUCUGCGGGGUUGAUGGGAGAUAUUUUGGAUCGGUGGUUCAAGAAAUUUCAGGAGAAGGCCAAGAAGGACCCGAGUUAUCUCAAGGGUUUCGCAUUGUGAGGCGAGCAGGGCCGGAAAGGUCAAUGUAUCCACACUCACUUUUCUAAUUAUUAUCAGAAAUGUUAACCCCUGCUGAGAUUUCUCCAUGUUCGUCUCUACGAGAAUUUGGAUGGAUUUGAUCGCAAAUAUGUUUGCAUUGGCAAAUGGAACAUCAAUUAGGGAGGAGCAUCGUUUUCCCUUGACGAGCAGUGAAAUGCUACAAACCAGUGCCUUCCAUCUUUCCCAAGUGGAUGAAAGGUUUGAUCUUUCUUUAGAGUUCUCCAUGAGAAUGUGAGAGGAGUUCUUGGCAGCUCAAGCAUCUGUAGAUUGGGUUGAUUAUUACCGCUUACAAGCAUCCACAGCUCGCAGCUGUCCAUGUGUGGAUAUUAAGGAUAGGAGAACCUAGAAUUGUGGAGAUGAAUAAGAUCGAAGACUUCUUCGAAUGCUGCUAAUCUUAGGCCUUUAAUCUUAUAAUUGUUACUUCAAUCUUAUGCUUCGUCAUCGGAAGCCUCGACUCGAGGGUGGUUGCUGUUGGUGGGUGCCAGGUCUUUGGCAUUUCUGUUUUGGAGGCGGAGUUGAGAGCAGCAUGAGCUGAUCCGGGUUAUGCAUGAUAUAUUUUGUGGGCCAGAGUAGUCUUUCUUGAGGAUAACUCGGUUAUGGUGCUCCGAUGGCAUGGAUGGAUGAUGGGGGAAAAGUGGAUCGCCCAACGCAUAUAGUUAAAGCAUCCGAAUCCGACAGUAAGCCUAGUCUCGGCGAACGUGAUCUCGGUAAGCAUGGUCUCGGCGGGCAUGGUCUCGGCAAGCGUGAUCUUGAUUUCGGCUAAGCAAAAUUUGAUUGAUCUCGAGGCCAAGUAAGACCUAGUCAGAAGCUGAGACCGAACCCAACUUCACCGAAAGUCAAGCCGAUCUUUAAAUCGGAGCGUCUGCAUAAAGAAGGGGUCACCAAAUUCUCCAUAUUUGGGAUCAAAUUCCGCAGUCUCCGUUACAACAGUUGUCAAACCUGAAUCCAUGCAAUCUCAACCAAUUGCUGGCUAACCUGGAUUUUUGUGCCAUCUAAGGUAAUUUAUUUAACCCAAGAUUUUUUGUAAUCACAUCCGAUUGCGAAUAACCGCCACACCCUCUCUUAUAAAGAGGGGGGAACUCUGAAAAGAGAGGGAAAUUUCUUCCUUUCUACAAAAAGAUUUUUUUAUUAGAAUAUCUACGAAUCCUCUCUGACUUAAGCAUCGGAGGGCCUUCGUCGAAUCUUCCGAUUUGGGCUUCUUGCAGAUUUACCGGAGACAGCCAUCCGCCACCGCUUGUGGCAGAAGCUCCUCCUUCUGGUUCGCGAUCACCUUCGAGUCCAAUUUCCAGUAACAACAGAUGCCACCCUCUGCUUCGAGACAUUCGGGCUAUGGUGAGAGGCGAUGUUGCAUUUUCAGGUCGGGCAUGUUUAAAGAGAGACCAACAAGGCUACGGAUUGGGUCGCCUCGUAUGUGGCCGAUCACUCCGGAAGAAUCAUGUGGGUCUGGCAAAGAGAGCUACUUAGAGUAUUUCGCAAUAUGUUGUUUUUUUUAACUUUCUUAGAUGUAUCAUGCUAGGCAGCUAGAAGUAUAAGAGUCAUCUGCUUUUUUUUUUUUUUUUUUAAUUGUUUCCUAAGCUACUGUCGGAAAAGCACUUGAUCAUGCCAAUUGGAAUUUCUUUUCCU